CUAAAUAUCCUGAAUGUAAAUGUAAAUGUCAUGAUGCAUUCUGGUAUUCAAGACCUAUUUGAAUAGACCCUUUUCACAGUAGGAUGAACACAGGUGCAGCUUCCAUUAAUUAUGGGUCUAUUGAUUUAGAUUUAGCGCACCAGCAUAGACACAAGUCAGGUAAAUAUGCUUAAACCCUGCAGGUGCUGCUACAGACAAAGUUAAAGAUGACGUUUAAAAUACAGGAACAGGAAGUGAAUUUACCCUACUAUUGAAGAUCUGUGAAAUGUUCAGAACAGGUGCAUUGCAUUGGGAGUUUAUUGACAUAUUGAGGAUUCAUCCUUUUUUUAAGUGUGGAAGCAGUUGUUAUUACAAACGAAUGCAUGCUCGUAAACAACACCAGCCCAACGAAACCACGACGCGCAUGUGUCCAUAUUUGGAAUGGAUGAGGCGCACGCAGCACUGCCGCUUUAAGUGGCGCACCUCCCCGUCUGGGAACCUCGGGUGAGUAGUAUCACCGCAAGACGCGCGGAGAGAGGCUCACAACCAGACCCGGGCGUCCGGUUCAGCAGAAACAGGGGAACACAGCCAACAAGCCACACAUAACCUAUCGCGGAUCUUAGAAGAGAUGGAAUUGAGAGAGGAGACGGAAUAAUCGCAGCAACAGGACUUUCGUUGCGGUAAUUUAACUCGGAUGAGGAGGAGCCAAGUCAACAGGUGCCUUGUUGAGAAGCACCGGGCUCAGGGAUAACGAAAGUCGGGCGUGACGGUGUGUUGACACGGCAAUAUGGCGACCGGGUUACUUGUUAAUUCAAAUGUUAACAGUGUUUGUUUAUUUAUUUAGGGAAACACUACUACGUACUGGGACAUUUGGAGGUAAACCCAACUUUACUUGCACGACUUGCCUGCUCAUGGAUUACUGGCACCUCAGCUCGCUGGAGACGUGGUGAACUAUGCCUGGAGCACGUCCCCUUCUCUCCGGCGCACACCUGACCUCCACCCAGAUCAGGUGGCUCUGGUGACGCUCUUCCCCGCACCACCAACGCUUAUUUUUUAAUUUAAAUUAUUCAUUUUUUUCAAGUCUUAUGGGGAACCAGGUGGAAAAACUGACACACUUAACCUACGACGAAGUCCCAACCUCGGACCCCAACGGGCUGGACCCCGCCGGGGGGGACGAGGUGGGACCGCGGAUCGGGGUGUCCUACAUCUUCUCCGCCGACGACGACGACCACGAGGACCCCCUGGAUGUACCGAACACCAGCCGGCCUCCCAGCCAGGAGGACCCGCCGUUCAACCCCCACAACGAGCUGGCGUGCUCGGUGCACUACCGUGAUGAGUGUGUGUACCAGAGGAACACAACGGAGACCAACAACACAACCACACACUCGCCUGAAAGCCUGUUGAACAAGUGCAGACCGGGGGACCUGUUGGAGUUCGUCUCCGCCGGCCAGUACCCACACUGGGCGGUGUACGUCGGCGACUUCCGGGUGGUUCACCUGCACCGCGCGGAGGUCAAGGACAGCUUCCUAACGGACGCGAGCCAGGGCAGGCCGGGCCGCAUAGUGAACGACCUGUAUCGGUACCGCGCGCUGCCGCUCGAGGUGGUGCUGAGGAACGCGCGGGAUCAUGUGGGGGCGCGGGACCGGGAGCUGUGCUGGCGCAACGCAGAGUGCUUCGCCGCGUGGUGCCGCUACGGGAAGCGCGAGUUCAAAAUGGGUGGGGAGAUCCGCAUCGGGAAACAGCCGUACAGGUUGACGUUGAUGUUCUCCCCGAAGGACCGACACGUGCUGGAGUUUCAGAGCCUGGAGGACGUGAUCAUGGAGAAGAGGAGGAACGAUCAGAUCGGGAAGGAGGCGGUGGUGCAGGAGCUGGCUGGACACCUUAAUGCCACAAACGAGAUCAAGGAUGAUCGUUUUGAUUGAUUGGUGGGUCGUUGGCCGGGCAAAAGUGAUGCUAAGUGCAGUGAUGGACGGUGGAGUAUUUGAUGAGAUGACAUUUUAGUUUAGGGAGUCGUUGUGUCCACAGGACACCUGUGGACACUUUCUUUUGAGAAUGACCCCGGGAGAGUGUCGAUUUUAUGAGGUCUUGAUGGGGUCUUAGGCAAUCAAACUCAGGAAUCGGAGACCCGAAUGUCCAGAUUAAGACAAUGAGUACUGUGUAUGGAUUUAAAAAAAAACUUUUUGUGUGGCUUUAUUCAAAACAAGGACGAUAAUCCACUCAGAUUUUUAUCCUAUGGAUACAGUUCACAACCACAGGGUGGGUGGACGUUAAUCAAUUUGUGUUGUUUAAUCAUUUCUGAAGAAAAUAUACUUUGUAUGAUAGUAUAACGGGAAUAAAUAUAUAUAUUUUAAAUAAGA